AUGAAACCCCAGAAGUAUUAUACCGUGGGCGUCAGCAACAAGUUUGCGGCGUUUGGGGCAGACAGCGACGCUUCUUCAGACGAAGGAGAAGUGAUUCUUGCUGCUCCUCCUACCCCUACAGAACAGCAGCAGCAGCAGCAGACGGGCUCCGUUGCUGCUGCUAAGAAAAAAACCCUCCAGCAGCAGCAGCAGCAGCAGCAGCAGACUUCCCCACAACGCGAGAGACAAGGCAGGCCUUUCCGAGGCAGGGGAGGUUUCGGUGGUGAGGGCCGUGGCGGUGGGGCUUACAGGGGCUACCGGCAGCGGUCUGUGCCUGAUGGCGGUGAUGAGCUGCUAACAUCUCAAGAAGGAGAGGGCCCCGUGCAGCGCCGGCGUGGAGGUGGUUUAGGCGGAGGGUUUAGAGGCAGAGGGCGUGGGGUUUCUGGGGGCCCCGGGGGCCCCCCGCUGCAGCGGCGGGAGUUUGACCGCCACAGCGGCACAGGGAGAGGGCGUGAGGUGAAGAAGCAGGGAGCGGGCAACCACAACUGGGGUCAGGAGGAAGCAGAAAACCACCCAGUUAAGACGGAAACGCUGCUAGAAGAUGAUGCUGCUGCAAAGGAUGUGGAUCCCGAUGCGCCUGCGGCAGAUACACCCGGAGAGAGGACAGGAGAAGAAGGUGGUGAGGAGCGGAGCCCCGCAGCAGCAGAAGAAGAAACGAUGGAUUUAGAUACGUACAAGCGCAUGCAGGAGGAGAAGCGUGCAAAUUUACCUUCGUUUGUUUCUGCUGAGGAGGGCCCUAAGAAAAUCAAUACAGAUAAAGAGCUUGAAGCUCAGGGCUACGUGCGUGUAGUGAGGGAAGAAGAAGAGGGAUCGCGAAGCAACGAAGAAGGGCAAGAUAACCGCGAAGACAGACCGAAGAAGAAAUCUGUUAAUCUUUAUGAAUACGUGCACAUUGAGGGAGGUAGAAUACCUUCCUUCGGCAGGAGAGGAGGCAGAGGAGGUGCGGGAAGAGGGGGCCCCAGAGAUGAACGCGUUAGGAGAGGAGGAGGCCGCAGCUUCAGGGGAGGAAGAGGCAGCAGGGAAGCAGCAGCAGCUCCAGACCUCCGAGAUACGCAGGCGUUCCCAACUCUGGGCAGUCGCUGA